ACGCAGUUCAAAGUUGGCGCCGAAAAAAAUUAAAAGAAGCCAGGGAGCUUGUUAAUAGGAAGACGUCAAAUUCAACUAUUGCCCUCGAGGAAGCUAGUGUACUUGCUCAAGCUUUGGGUGUUGACUGGGCUGAGCUAUCAGAAGAAAUUGGUCUUUGGAUACCUGUUGCCAUAAUUAAUGAGGAACAUCAUGACAAGCCUGUGGGUGAAGAUGAAUUUGACAAUGAAAUCAUAGCUGGCAAGUGGCUUCCUCCCGAGUGUAAAGUUGAAUUUCAUACCGAUUACGGCGGAGAUGCAGUCAGAUGGGGUCUUACCCACCCUAAAGAAUCUGCAUUUGAGUGUUGCAUGGCCUGUUUGAAUCAAGCUAAGCACGCUGGACCUAAUGACAAGAGAUGCAACAUAUGGGUUUAUUGCCCAUCUGAGAUGGGAUGCUAUUCUCCAGAUAUUUAUCAACACAAACAUCAGGAGUGCUGGCUGAAAUAUGCAGAAAAUCCUACGAUGACUUUUAAGGACCGGUAUUCUGAAAAUGCACACCCAAAUGCACCAAGUGUUGUUCCAUGGAUGUCUGGUGUUGUCAGUGUAUAAAUUCCCACUAACAAAUAGACACAGCCUUGAUAUCAUGGUGCUUCCAUGGUGCUAUGAUGUCGUAUGAGAUUCCACGUCAAGCCACUGUAUCUUCAGAUAAUUGUGCAGCGAGAUUUCGCGAACUGCAGCUUCUAAGCAUAGCUGCUUCUCUCUACUUUUUCGUUAUCAAGGGGAACAUAGAGCUUGAACCAGUGUGUAACAAUCUUUUGUAUCAAAUUGUGGGUAGAGUGGUAAUGGUAGCUUUAAGUUUAGAAAACUGACUGCCAACAGCCUACUGCCUACUGCCAAGGAUUUGAAAGCCUUUUUUUUACCCCGCCCCGCCCCACCCUGCGCUAUCUUUUUUAACCUGAUGGAUGUAAUAUCAGAAUUGUGACAUUAUUGGAGCUGUAUUGCCCAAAAGGUACCGAGUUUUAGUGAUCACACGAUGAAUUUGCUUACUGCA